AAAAACAGAAACUAAAAUGGAAAAAGUGAAAAAAAAGCAGUCCACGCUUACAAAUUUCUUUAAGAAAUGCUAGAAUUGUUUUACAAUUGUCCAAAUAAAUAAAUUGCUUCAUCUUCACAUUCAGAUGAAUACCGGGAAUACUGCAACUAAAUAAUUACAUACAACUAAAUAAGGAUAUUAUACUUUGUCAAAAUAAAAUCAAAUUUCAUUUUGCUUAAACUAAAAGAUAAAUUUACGAAAUCUGAAACAAAAAUUCGAUCGUUUUGAGACGGAUGCCAUAAUAAAAGAAUAUCUAUAAAAUAGACAUUCUACUAUGAUUUUGUUCUGUUGUAUACAUUGUUAGUAUUAAAAUCUAUAGUUUACGUUAAAUAUAUUAUAGAUUUUUAGUACUGAAAGUGUAUAUCGGAACACGGCUUAUAUUUAAUAGCGAAAGUAUUUUGAAUUUAUGUACGUGAUUAAUAUUGUAAUUAUUGAAUAUGACAAUUUGUGAUUGUUAUUUUUGUGGAUACCUUAAAAAGCUGUUUUGUAUUCACAUUUAUUGUCUCGACUUUAUAUACAUAACAUUUGAGUUUAUUUCUUACGUCAAUGAAUUAAAAUUUAUAAUAUAAAAAAUUAAAAUUGUUUCUACAUAAUUGUAAGAAGUUGUUAGUUAUAUCAAUAAUUAAUUAAAUGAUAUCUGUUGCACCUAUAUUUCCCGCAAAAUGAGUAGUAUGUAAUCUCAUAUUACUCACAUGGUUGACACACUUAUCAGAUAUGUUAUCGGGAUCGGCUGUAGUAGGCGUGUAUCUACUAUAUAUAAUUAAAUAUAUACUAUUUAGUGAUAGCCUGCGUGUAAAAUCACAGUACGGAUAUCUUAUAAUGUUUAAUAUUAUUGCACUGUCGCUUUUAUUUCUAUGCAACGAAUGUUUGUGCGAUAUAUGUGAAACCUGUGGAUGUUCUACCUCAAAUGUAGGACCAAUUAUUGAUUGUCAUGACAGACACUUGGGAACUAAUGACGUUCUUAACUUCGAUCUUCUUACUCUAGAUAAGCAUCGACCAUUAAACAAACUUAUUCUUUCAAAGAACAAUAUAGUACUUUUACCUCUAAAUGAACUAAAACAUCUGAAACAUUUAAAAGGAUUGGAUUUGUCUCAAAAUAAAUUGGAUAAUAUACAUUCAGAUAUCCUUAAGAACCUAAAUGAACUCGAAGAUUUAGAUUAUUCUAGCAAUUUACUUUGGGAUUUCGAUAUUUCUGUCUUAAAUACAGAAUCUUCCCUUUCCAAAUUUAAUUUGAGUUAUAAUCGUUUGAACAAAUUGGAAAAAAGUUCAAAAAGCGCAACAAAAUUAAAAGUCUUUGAUGUGUCUCACAACAAUCUUGUUGAUUUGAAUUUCCUCGAUGUUAUGCCGGAGUUGGAAUAUUUAAAUCUCUCCUUCAAUAAAUUUACUACUCUCCCAGUCAAUUCUUUACUUUAUAUGCAACAUUUGAAGAUUCUUCACGUGAACAAUAAUCAGCUUCUCUCAUUAAAUUUCCAAAAUCUUCCGUUGUCAUUGUUGGAACUUUACACGGAAAACAAUCUUAUCAGUAUUAUAACAUUUCAAAAGUCAUCAAUUCAUACUUUAAACAUUCAAAACAAUAGCAUUUCUAACAUAUGUAACAAUUUGACCUUAUUGGAAGAAUUAAAAAAAUUAAAUAUCAGUGGAAAUUCCUUAUCAGAUUUUCCAGAAGUUUUUCUAAAAAGUUUAGAGACGUUAGAUGAGAAGAAAAAUAGUUGUAUCAAUAUAACUAUUUCGAGUAAUAAAAAAUUGAAUGUGAUUGAGGAAAAUGUUUUUCGACAUAUGAAUAUUUGCUCUCUAGAUUUGAGCAAUAAUUGUUUUACUCACUUACCAUCAAAACUAUUUAAUAUAAAUGUUUACAAUAAAAAUGUUUCAAAUUUAAAAUAUCUCAUUAAUCUGCAAGGAAAUCCAUUUAUUUGUAAUUGUUCAUUGCAAUGGAUGUUGAACGAAUUAAUUCCAAAGCUUUAUAUAACGAAUCCCAAUCUUUUAGAAGAUUUGAGAUGUGCUGAGCCACCUGCAUUAGCCAACAAAAGGAUGAUUCAUUGGUACAAAUGGAAGGGAGAAAUCUUUUGCGACGAGUUUUCACAUUCUGCAGAAAGAAUGACCAUUAAUAUUGCAAGUAUUUCUAGUAAACAGAUUGUAACAUUCAAACCUGGUUCUGGAAUGAUUACUGUUCUGGCAAUAUUGACUGCUCUGCUUGGAAUUCUAAUGAUAAUCGGCAUGCUAUUGAUUCGAAGAAUGAAUGCAAAAAGAAGACGAAUCAAUCGUAGACAUUAA